UUCACAUUUACAGACGUCCAACUCUUACAAUUUAAUUCCUCUCUUUUAUGCAACACUCUAUACUCUCCUCAGUCUUCUCACACAUUUCGCAGCUCUCAAAUCUUGGAAAUCUCUCUUGCUCGAUUCUUGCUACUUGUUUUUCACAUCUCCAUCUGCUUCCCCAAAUUAACACUUUCAAUUUCUCAUUUCCUCCUCAUCUUUAAAUUUCUCUCUCCUUUGAAAACAUUGUGAUUUUAGUCAAAUCCACUUCUUUUACAGAACUUAACAGAUUUAUUUCCUUCCUAAAUUCUCUUUCUUGUCGCUUUUCUUUAUUUUUCCUCACCAAAUUCAAUUUUCUCUUUCUGUAAGAGUAAUUCAAACUCUUCAAUUCAUGUUAUGAAUUUGCUAAACUGUUGCCGCAAAUUUUGAUAUUCUUUAUGUUCAUAUAUCAUUUCUUGCUUCAGUUUCGAGAAUUAAUUAGGUUUUUCUGGUUCAUGAAAUCAAUUGAAGAAGAGAGAGUGUGUGUAAACUAAAAAAUUGAAGAAAUUUCACCUGCAAAAGUUAUUUUGGGUGAAUUUUUCAAUUUUUAUUGUCAAGAAAUUAGCUUUGCUGGGAUGAAUAGUGUUUUCAGUGAACAAAUUUUAGCUGACAAGCUCUCCAAGCUCAAUAGUACUCAACAAUGUAUAGAGACGUUGUCACACUGGUGCAUAUUUCACCGGAGCAAGGCUGAAGUGGUUGUAGCAACAUGGAGUCAGCAGUUCCACCGUUCUGACAUGACUCAAAAGGUCCCACUUUUGUAUCUUUCCAAUGAUAUACUGCAGAACAGCAAACGUAAAGGAAAUGAGUUUGUUAUUGAGUUCUGGAAGGUGCUUCCUGGGGCUCUUAAGGAUGUUUAUGACAAGGAUGAUGAUCAAGGAAAGAAGGUCGUCUCCAGAUUGGUCAAGAUAUGGGAAGAAAGAAGAGUUUUUGGAUCAAAGGCACAAAACCUGAAAGAUAUAAUGCUUGGAGAUGGGGCUCCCCCUCCCCUUGAGUUCAACAAGAAGCGACCGAGGACAGUCAAGAUUGUAAGAAGAGAUGCACGUUCCAUAAGGACGAAACUAUCUAUUGGGGGCCCGGCAGAGAAAAUUGUGUCAGCUUUCCAUUUAGUGCUUAAUGAGCAUCUUACAGAAGAAUCAGAGCUGAAAAGAUGCAAGUCUGCAGUUAACCGUGUGAGGAAGAUGGACAAUGAUGUUGAAAUAGCUUGUGCUCAAGCGAAGGAUCCGAAACGAAAAACAUUGGCCAAAGAAUUGGAGGAGGAAGAGGCAAUGUUGAAAGAGUGUAUUGAGAAACUUAAAUCAGUUGAAGCAAAUAGAGCAAUGCUUGUCUCUCAGUUGAGAGAAGCACUGCAAGAACAGGAAUCUGAAUUGGAGAAUGUUCGUACGCAAAUGCAGGUUGCACAAGCGCAAGCUGAGGAGGCGAACAACAUGAGAAAGCGACUCAAUGAUGAAAAUUAUGUUGCAACACCAAAUUCCAAUGGGGGAAAAUCCAAGAAAACAGCUGCUGAUAUUGCAGCUGAGGUUGUUGACAAACUCACAGCUUCUAGUUCCUCGCAGUUAAUCAUGACUUCUGUCCUGUCAACAUUUGCAGCUGAAGAGGCUAAGAAUGCUGGCCUUGUUAAAGCAAACCCAGUUUCGAGUUCUUAUCCCUCUCAGUCUGUCAGUUCAGCCACCAAUUCGACCUCAAAGCUGGAGCAGCCCUCUCCAGUUUCACUGCCACCUGCUGCUGCUCCAUCCCAUCAAUAUCAGUCAAUGUUAGUAAAUCAGCAAAGCUUGCAGAAUAUGAGCUCAAACCCUCAGUCUCAGUAUCAGUAUGCACAAACACCAAGAGGGGUCAAUUCAUAUGGUUAUGGCGGUCUUCCACCACCUCCACCGGGCCCGCCACCAUCUCAUGUCAUGGGUCCAAUGAUGCCUUUGGCUCAAACACAAAUGCAAAUGAAUCAACAACAGUUGAUGCCAAUGGCUCAACAGCAAUCGAUGCUGUUGAUGCAGCAGCAACCACCAGGUCCUCCAAGUUUUCGUCCGCUUCAACCCCCCGGUAUGGUGUAUUUCACACAAACCCAUCAACUUCAGUGAUGGGAGUUCAAAAAUUAGCUUGUGAUAACUUGUUUAGAUAGACUCCUUUCCCCCCCUUGAAGCAUUCAAAUGUUGUUCAAACCCCCCCCCUCCCCCAACAUAAUGGGGGAGUCAGAGAAGGAAGGAUAAAAGGUUGAGCUUUUAUUCAUACAUUAACACAGCAGGAAUAAUGGUUCGAGGAUAGCAGCUCUUGAUACAGUGCAGUUCAGAGCUAUGCAAUGUGUAAUCAGUCCCCUAAAUUUUCUAAUCGCUAACCGUAAUUAGUGUUUCUAAUUGGUGUUAA